ACUGGGGAGAGAGUAAGAAGUUAACAAAACAAAGCAAGUAACAAUGGCGUGUACUGUGGAUUUUCGGUGCCUGGACGAAGGAUUCGGAGGAAAAACGUACAAACGAAAGAGAGCAGAGAAAGAGCAAGGUAAUGGUAUAGAAGCCAUGGAAGUGGAGGAGAUUCCAAGGAAGAGACAAGCGGUACCAUCUGAGGAGGAUCCAAACAAACCUGUAUUGGGAAGGCCGACAUACGACGGGGUGAUUGCAGGGAGGGUAUCGGGAAGGAAUUGGAAACAGCCGCGUAAACACAGAUCAUCGGCAGCGAAGGUGAGCGUGAAGGGGAAGUCAUUGGAGCAGAGGAUGAAAGAGAAGGAGAUUAAAAAGGCGUACAAGGAGAGAAUCAAUGAGCUCAAGGAAGUGAUAAGACACAACAAGGUGGAGAAGCGGAAGCAGAGGGAGGAAAGAGAGAAAAAGAAGCAGGAAAACAUUCUCAAGUCUGGCACCAAGGUUCAGAAGAUCACCAAUCCAAAAACCCUAAAAAAGAUUGCCAAAUCUAAGCAGAGGAAGCUCCUCAAGGUUGUUUCUGACCAUCUUCUUAACCGUGGAAACAACAAUUCUAUCUCAUAGAUUAAUAGUUAGUUUGCUCUUAUUAUGUUUUUGCUUGAUCCAUAGUAGUAUUUACUGGUUAUAUUUGUUCCUUCUGAAUUCAUGUAUUGUUUGUUAUAACACAAAUUUAUGACGCACAUUCGAGUUUAAGUUGCUUUUGUGAAA